ACACAUCAUAAUAGUGAAAAUGUAAAUUUAAUUGUUUGAUAUAUAAGUAAGUAAAAUUAAGUAAUAAAAUUAACAUGGAGUAUGACAAAGGUCUUGUCCCAUGUCCAAUUUGUUCGAAAGAAUUUACAAAGUCAAGCAUAGAAACUCAUGCAUCUAAAUGUUUGUUUUUCAAUGAAUCAACAAGUAGCAAUAGCAGUCAAAAAUUCAGUCAAUCACCUACUGUUAAUAAAAAAUCUAAACAAACAUUUUUUCAAGGAAGUCAAAAGGCUUCAUCUUCAUCAACAAAUAAAAAUCACAAUUUCAUUAACAAUGAUGUCAUUAACAAACCUGGUGUCAGUCAAACAAUAAAAUUAGCUGAUAAUAAUCAAAAAAAUAUUCAAAAAAAUACAGUACCUUUGGCUGAACGAAUGAGACCAAAUACUUUAGAAAAUUAUGUUGGACAAGUUCAUGCUCUUGGUAAAGAAAGUAUGCUUCUUCAGUUAUUUAUGAAAUAUGAAAUUCCAAAUAUUAUUAUCUGGGGACCACCAGGUUGUGGUAAGACUUCUCUUGCAAAUGUAAUAGCCAAUAUCUGCAAGCAAUGUCCAUCUGGUAAAUUACGUUAUGUAAAAUUAUCAGCAGCAAUGUGUGGAGUUGCUGAAGUUAAAGAAUCAGCAAAUAUUGCAGCUAAUGAUUUAAAAUUUGGUCGUAAAACAGUGAUAUUUAUGGAUGAAAUUCAUCGUUUUAAUAAAGCACAACAAGAUAUAUUUCUUCCACAUAUUGAAGCUGGUACAAUAACACUAGUUGGUGCUACAACUGAAAAUCCAUCAUUUAGUUUAAAUUCAGCAUUAUUAAGUCGUUGUCGAGUUAUUGUUUUAGAAAAAUUAACAACAAAUAAUUUGAAAAAUAUAUUAACUCGUGCUGUAGCAUCAUUAAAUGGAAUAAUUAACAAUGGCUUGAAUACUAAAGACAUAAAAUUAGAUAAUGAUAAUUUACCAAAAUUUAUAAUUGAUGAAAGAACAAUUGAUUUUCUUGCUGAAACUUGUGAUGGUGAUGCUAGAAUAGCACUUGGUGGUCUUGAAUUAACUGUACAAUCAAAAACUCCUCAUGAAGAUGAAUUGUCAUGUCAAGAAGCAAGUUCAAUAACACUUGAAGAUGUUAAAGAUAAUUUAAAAAAAACACAUAUGUUGUAUGACAGAAAUGGUGAACAACAUUAUGAUAUAAUAUCAGCAUUUCAUAAAUCAAUAAGAGCUAGUGAAGAAAAUGCUGCAUUAUAUUGGUUAGCAAGAAUGAUGGCUGGUGGUGAAGAUCCAGUUUAUAUUGCAAGACGUAUGGUAAGAAUGGCAAGUGAAGAUAUUGGCUUAGAAGAUCCAAAAGCAUUGAGUAUUGCUGUACAAACAAUGCAAGCAUGUAAAAUGAUUGGAAUGCCUGAUUGUGAUGUUAAUUUAUCACAGUGUGCUACUUAUUUAGCAAGAGCACCAAAAUCAAGACUAAUGGAAGAUUCUUUGAGAGCUGCACAACGACUUGUUGCUGAACAUAAAGGACCACAACCUUCUGUUCCAUUACAUCUUAGAAAUGCACCGACAAAACUCAUGUCUGAUCUUGGAUACGGUAAAGGAUAUAAUAUGAAACAUCACAGUGUAUCUCAGCUGACGUAUUUACCAGAAGGACUAGAACAUGUUUCUUUUUUUUGAUCCUUAAAAUAUUCAGAACGUAUGUACUUGAACAUAUUGAAGGCACCAUAGAUAAUCAUGAAAAUUAAACAAAGUGAAACAGCAACAACCCAAUUUAU